ACCCCCACCCCCGAGAAAGUCCACUCGGAACAACGCCCCGCUGCCCCAGGCCGGGGGAGCCGGCACCCCCGGCUCCCAGCUGGGCCCGCGGUGACCACGUGGGCGCCCCCGCCCCUGCUCCCCGCCCUCCGCUAGGACGUGCAGAGCCGGCUACCCUAUCCCGGCUGACCUUUCAUCCCCUGCUUCCCGCACCCCCUCCGGGAAGCCUCCAGCCCCUCCGGGAGUUUCUCGUGGGGUCUGUGGUUGCUGUUUAUUGGCCGGCCGAAGGGGCUGCCUAGUUCUUUCUGAACAAACCCACUCUGUGCUGGAGAAUGUAUUUAUGGGCCAGUCAAAGAUCUAUUCCUACAUGAGCCCCCACAGAUCCUCUGGAACUCGUCCUCCACUCCAGGAGGAAAACUCUGUUGCACAUCAUGAUGUCAAAUGCCAGGGGAAAGCCUUAACUGAAUUGCACAAGAAAGGAGAGGAGAAAAGAAUUGGCGGCAAUGCCCCGGCGAGCUCUAUGAAGUCAGAAGAGCAGAAAGGCAAAGAGCUGAGGAGGGAUUCUCUGGAGCCCCUUCCAAACCACAAAUCCAUAGCUGCAGGAAACCCCAAAGCCAUGGCGCUGCCCGCCAACGCUGCUGAUGCCGCCAGCGCGAAGCACGCCCCGAAGAAACCCCCCAAAACCAAGCAGGCCUCCAGGAGAAAAGCUCAGGGAAAAACUCAACAGAAUCGCAAAGUCACUGACUAUUAUCCCGUGAGGCGGAGCUCCCGCAAAAGCAAAGCUGAGCUACAGUCAGAAGAAAAGAGAAAAUUAGACGAAUUAAUUGAAAGCGGGAAGGAAGAAGGCAUGAAGAUCGAUAUCAUUGAUGGCAAAGGCAGAGGAGUAAUCGCCACCAAACAGUUUACAAGAGGAGAGUUUGUGGUAGAGUAUCACGGGGACCUCAUUGAGAUCACUGAUGCCAAGAAGCGAGAGGCCCUCUACGCUCAGGAUCCUUCAACAGGCUGCUACAUGUACUAUUUUCAGUACCUGAGCAAAACCUACUGUGUGGAUGCCACUCGAGAAACAGAUCGUCUCGGGAGACUGAUCAAUCACAGCAAGUGUGGUAACUGCCAAACCAAACUCCAUGACAUUGACGGCGUGCCUCACCUCAUCCUCAUCGCCUCGAGGGACAUCAAAGCUGGCGAAGAGCUGCUGUAUGACUAUGGUGACCGUAGCAAAGCUUCCCUGGAAGCCCACCCGUGGCUCAAACACUGACCUGCGCUUCACUGGACAAAGUCCCCUCGAAGGGAAUUCAUUUUUGGGGGGGGUUUUUUACACCUAAUCUUAGUGGAUUACUUCUGACGUUUUUAAAUCUAUUAAAAUGCCUUUUCACUGUAGUAUUUAAAAAAAAAUCUGCUGCAAGUUCCCUCCCUGGCAGGCUUGCGCAGAUGGCCUUAGGUUACCAAAACCUUUUCUAUUUCUAGUUAUUUUGUACGUUUUUGCAAACAGACAAAUCUGGGCUUCCCAUGCAUGCAGUCAAAGACUCGGUGCAGGUUUUAUAGGGAGAUGAAAAUCUGAAUUGUGGACUUAAGUAGUCCCACUGCCUCUGGCUACAUAGCAGUGACUUUCCACAUCCCACUUUAGGGAGCAGGUCGGGACGGAACAUGCCUAACUUCUCUCCUGUUCUCCAACUUCUUGUCCUAAUAAUGACUUGACAGGUGUACAUAUAUAUAUAAUAUAUAUUUUUAAUGUUUCAUAACAGGCCAGUCCCUUCCCUUUCCCCAGCUUUUGCUUUUCAAAGCUUCCUGUCCCCACACCACUACCACCAUUCAUCACACUCAUCACUGCUCUUCUCUCAGGCUGCCCCAUUUGGGGUACCAAUACCCGCCCUCCCAUAUGCACCAGCUGCUCACCCAACCAGAUACGGGCAGGAAAAAGUCUCUGAAUUUCUUCCCCACUUCCCCUCCCAGAGCAGGGCUUCCUAUACCGGGGCUUAAUCCUCUCUAGAAAUGUGAACACUGAAUUUAUUCAACAAUAACUACUUAGAUGUAUAUAAGUUAUUAAGUGAAUCCAGUUGCUGAGUUCUUGUAGAAGAAAUUCAAGAUGGUACUUUAUUCUGUUUGAAAACAGAGUUCUCUAGCGGGACCAGAAAUCUUCCCAUCUUUCUCUUCUCCAUCACCCCCUACAUACCUGGUUUUUUGUUUGUUGGGUUUUGGUUUUUGAUUUUUUGGUUUGGGUUGUUUUUUUUUUUUAAUUUGCUGGUUAGAAUCAGCAAGAUUUGCUUCCACAUAAUAUCAGGCAACCUGGUGGUUUUCCUGAAUAUACAGCUAUGAACUAAAACAGGAGUCUCUUUGAAAGAGCAAAGUAGGAGCCCAGCCUCUGAUGGUCACAGGUGUCCUAGGCACUCGAGCAAGGGGGCAAGGGCUUCAGGCUCAGGGCCGAAAGAGGAGAUGGAAUUUUUGGCUUCAGCUGAAAUGGAGGAGGUGGCUUAUCCCUCUCACAGAACAGAACUGAUCAGUCAUUUCAGUCGACAGCCAGGGGACUGGAGUGAGCAGAAUGAUGACCUUGGCAAGUAUGCCCCCCUGGCUGCAGGGAAACCUGAAAUGGGGAGGAUGCAUAUAGGGCUCUCCCCUCCUCCUUUCUGUUUCCCUGGGGUUUGUCAUGGUGCUACCUAAGAAAGUCUUCCCCUCACCUUCCCUGGUCGUCAGGGAGUUGGAGAAUCAAUCAGAUGGGCGUGUGUCAAUGUGAGCUUAUAUGUCUUGGUUGUACCUGUUUGUGGUUUAGCCUUGAAUUUUAAAAGCAGACUUGAAGAGUAUUUGUCUCUGUAAAAAACAAAACAAAAAAAAGGAUAAAAAAUUAAAAAUAUUUAUUGCCAA